CUCCGCUGAAAUAAAACAUGGCGUCGUCCCAGGGAAACAAACCAGUGGAGGACCACAGGAGAAAGUGGGACAGAGAAGAAUAUGAAAGAAUCGCCAGGGAAAGAAUUGAGGAGGAACUCAAGAAACUUGACGAUGACCAUAAGAAAGAGGCCCCCGUCAAACGGGAAAUGCUCAAACCUCGAGAAUACAAGGUGGACUUGGAAUCCAAAUUAAACAAGUCUGUAGUGAUAACAAAGACAACCCCUGCCGCCCAGCAAGGGGGCUACUACUGCAAUGUGUGUGACUGUGUAGUGAAGGACUCUAUCAACUUUUUAGAUCACAUUAAUGGAAAAAAACAUCAGAGAAAUUUGGGCAUGUCCAUGAAAGUGGAGCGCUCGUCUUUAGACCAAGUCAAAAGAAGAUUCGAGUUAAAUAAAAAGAAACAGGAAGAGAAGAAAAGAGAGUAUGACUUUGAAGAAAGAAUGAAAGAAUUGAGAGAAGAGGAAGAAAAACAGAAAGCGUACAGGAAAGAAAAACGAAAAGAUAGAAAGAGGAAAGCGGAGGAGACAAUGGACGGGGAUGACGAAUCUGACAUGGCGGCCAUCAUGGGAUUCUCGGGAUUCGGAACCACUGCGACCAAAAAAUAGACAAUUGUCAAUCAAUAGGGUUUUAUUUAUUUCAUAUUGAAAAUGUGUUUCAAGUAGGCCUACUGAUAUGAUAGAGAGUUAUUUUUUCUCUGCACCAGUUAUGAUGAAGACUAAGGAGAUUAUCUUCAAAAUCCAUCUUGUAUAUGUUUGUUGAGGUGGAGAUUUUCGUCUAAAAGGCUACUCAGAAACUGUAACUUUAGGUCCUGUUAGUGCAACUUUGUACGGAUGCUGACUGCCGUUGCUAGGCGCAGGGCACAGAUAUUGUCCUAUGAGUAUGAGUUCAUGAGGGUCAUGACCUAUUGAUGUGACCAUGUGCUGGAAAGCUUUCCUUCAGUUCUCCCUGUUGGUACUCUUGGCUUCAAGACUGACCUUAUAUUGGGCAAAUAUUGUGUUUCUGAAAGUUUUUUCAAAGUGUCCUUAGUCAGUCGAUGCUGGUGAUUUUGUGUUUCCUUGUUCGGAUACCAUACCUUCACAGAUGUACUCGAUGUCUUAUGCCAUGGCCUGCAAAUAUUGUUUCCAGCAUCAUAUCAAAUUAUUUGAAAUUACUUUGCAGAAGUGCUGCAUACAUGUAUGGGCUGAGCCCGAGUGUAGAGAUCACCAAAAGCAACAUCGUCUGGCAGAAAUCAUGUUUAAUUUCAGCCAGUUAACAAUUGAAUGUUUUAUAUUGUCGACUGUAUCAAAAAGAAACAAGAUAUGACAAUAAAAAUAUGUACAGAAUAA